AUGGCUUCAACGUACAUUCUAUGUGCUCAACAGCCACUUAUGUUCAGCAGUAACGCCCUUAAGGUUCUUCAACGCGGGUUUAGGUUUCCAACGGACAUCACCACUCAGAAUGCUCAACGAUUUCUGACGUCAAGUACUCCAGGAUCUGAAGUCUUUCAAGAUUCUUCAAGAUGGGAGAGCUUCAAUGGACAUCUCCACUCAAGAUGCUCAACGAUUACUGACGUCCAGUUCUCCAGGAUCUGA